CCGACUCCUGCAUGGCACUGGCAGCAGUGUGAAGGAGGUGGUCGCUGAUGACAAUGUUCUCGAAUCUCUUCUCAUGUGGCCGGUGCCCAUGAAAGGCAUAGGGCUGAUUGCUUACUCUGCUGAGACGCAAGUCGAUCACGAUGCGUCCUAGGUUUGUGUCAAAAUCUCCCUCUCUCAGCAACUAGGUAGAUAGCAGUAGUUGUGGUAAGGCGCUAGAUUGCGGUGUAGUGGCAAGCACAGCAGCUCAAUGAAAAGGUUGCGAGGUCCCAUGCAGAGUUCAGCUGGCAUCUGCAGCGGACGUUGAAGAAGGGGUACCCUCCCUUGUGGCCCGUGCGCUGAUUGGUGGUGAAAUUCUGCACUCUCGUGAAAAUUGGGGCCUCAUCUAUCAUGGUAGAAUGGGGCAUCAUCUGAUGUGAUGCAGAUGAAGGUGGACCUGGCAUGGCUGCCGAUACAGCGUUUGGAAAGGGUCAAUGUUGCUAUCAGGCGCUUUCCGGUCGCUGACAAGAGGGGUUCUUACUCAGCAACGUAAUCAUAGAAUGAGGUGCCUCAGCCCCCAGCAGACUUUCUUUUGUAGAAAGGCACCAUGGCUGUGCCGGUGACCCUUUUCCUGGUGCUCUUCGUCCCUGCCCUCCUCAUCUUCUUUACCUGCCUGAUGAGCUGCUUCAUGAUGUUGACUCCAAACCGGCUCUCACAUUUUGGAAACCGCCAAAAGCCAUCAGCCCGGCACAAACCACCACUCAGCCUAAGCAUUGGCGCUGGGGGCGCCGUCGAGUCGGAUCUGGAUGGCCCGAGAGGGCCGGAGGCAGGUCUGAACAAAGGGGUCGACGUUCGUGUCAACAUAGAGCCAAACGGAGAACUGCUGGCAGAUGAGAGGAGUAGUAUAAUGUCCGCAGGGGUUCUGUUAAGCGAUGGCAACCGGGCAGGGACACCGGGGGGUGCUUCUGACGGAGAGGGGCAACGGACACCAAAAGCCAAGGUCAAGAUGCCGAGGGGAUCUGGAAGAAGCUCGCCACGCUUCCUGGAUCUGGGCCCAGGAGGUGGCCUCGCUAGAGCGACCAGUGCGCCUGUUCCUGAGCUUGAAAUUGUGGACCUUCUACUACUCGAAUCUGUAUCAACAGAGGGAGGAGGUGAACGAACGGUAUGAUAGAAAUGAGGAAGUGGAAUUUUUGCUCGAAAGAGCAAAUCCAAGAUGAGUAUACAAGAGUUUGACCCCGAUCAGGUCAAGCUUGAGGAUUGGCAUCGCCGAGAUGCUGAUGAUGAUUCGCGGUCAGCUUCAGCAAUUAAUUGUUGCCUGGCAAAUGAAAAUCGCUGGGAGUAGUUUCGAGUGCAAGCGCAAGCGACAACGCGUCUGAGUUCUUUUUGAGAGGCUAUACAUUCACUUUCCUUCUUAAUGAGAUCUGAUCUGCAAUUCUCGAUUUCCGAUCCGAUAAACAAUUGAAUACUGAUGAGAAAACAGUUUUCUAUAUCUUGUACUCGUCCGUGAAAAGAUUGAUUGGUCCAUUGGCCAAG